UUUAGUCUAUAUUAGAAAAUUGUUGAUACGUGUGGAUAACGCUGCAUAACCGGCGCGAGCCCGAAAAUUGUGUAACGUGAAAAGUGUUGAAGAAGAAAAAGCAUGGUGAUUGAACUAGUGAAAACUUGUGCUGCCGUUUUCGAAUCAUCAACAACGAAUCGCCAGGAAUAACAAUUUUAACGGACGUUUACGGUUAAUACUAACUGGAGUCAAAAUCCUAAAUAUAUUUUCCUGCCAUAAUCCAAAAUCAAUGUUUUGGUAUUACUCCGCAAUCUUCAUAAUAUUAUUUUUGAUAUUCUUAUAUCUUGACUGUUGUAAACCAAAAAACUUCCCACCUGGGCCGAAAUGGUACCCGAUCAUUGGAUGUGCAUUAGAAAUAAUGAAUGGCCGCCAUAAGACCGGCAUGUUAUGUAGAGCAAUAAAUUUGAUAGCUUCGCGGCAUAAAAACAACGGAGCAAUAGGGUUUAAAGUUGGUAAAGACAAAAUAGUUAUGGCAAUUUCCGGAGAUUCGUUACGCGAAAUGAUGAACAAUGAGGAUUUAGAUGGUCGACCAACUGGACUGUUUUAUGAAACUAGAACAUGGGGUUUACGGAGAGGCGUCCUGCUUACUGAUGAAGAAUUUUGGCAAGAGCAACGAAGAUUUAUUGUACGUCAUUUAAAGGAAUUCGGCUUUGCUCGUAAAGGAAUGGCGGAAAUAAUUGGCAAUGAAGCAGCGAAUAUGUGUCAAGAUUUACGUGCCCUAAUAAAUGCUGGAAAUGGCAAUACUUUGGUGCAAAUGCAGAGUAUUUUUUCAGUGUAUAUUCUGAACACGCUUUGGUUAAUGAUGGCUGGGAUCAGAUACACAAAAGAUAAUAAGGAUCUUAAAUACCUGCAAUCCUUAUUACAUGAGUUAUUUGCCAAUAUCGAUAUGAUGGGGGCACUCUUCAGCCAUUUCCCUUUCAUGAGAUAUUUUGCGCCAAGCAUUUCAGGUUACAAUCAGUUUGUUGAUAUACACAAUCAAAUGCACACGUUUAUUGGUAAAGAGGUAGAAAAUCACAAGAAGACUUUCAACAUCAAUGACGAACCACGUGAUUUAAUGGAUGUGUAUCUGAAAAUUCUAGAAUCCAACUCAGCAAAGCCGGAUAGCUUCUCACAAGAACAACUUUUGGCAGUCUGUCUCGAUAUGUUUAUCGCAGGCUCUGAAACAACUACAAAAACUCUGGGAUUUGCGUUUCUUUAUCUCAUUAGACAACCUGAAACUCAGAAAAAAGUACAAGCCGAAAUAGACGAAGUAAUUGGUCGAGAUCGACUCCCGACGUUGGAAGACAGAGCUAAUAUGCCGUAUAGUGAAGCAGUUGUGUUAGAAUCACUACGCAUGUUCAUGUCAAAUACUUUUGGUAUUCCUCAUCGAGCACUGCGAGACACACAAUUAUGUGGAUAUGAUAUUCCAAAAGACACAAUGCUAGUGGGAAUGUUCCGUGGUAUGAUGCUUAGUGAUGAAUGGAAAACGCCACAUUCUUUCAUUCCGGAAAGAUUUCUCUGCGAUGGGAAGAUAGUCAUUCCACCACAAUUUCAUCCAUUUGGAGUUGGACGUCAUCGAUGCAUGGGUGAAAUGAUGGGGAAAGCUAACCUUUUCCUAUUCAUCACCACGCUUUUCCAAUCAUUCGAUUUUCUUGUACCCGAAGGCCAUCCCAUUCCAACUGACGAUCCACUUGAUGGAGCAACACCUAGCGUGCGACAGUACUCGGCCUUGGUUGUUCCUAGAUAAGUUUACUUUUUUUUGUAUCACUAUUACAAAUAAAACUAA